CUGGCAACAAUGGAUCCCUGGGAAGAGCUGACUUCAAGGGGUUGACGUGAGUGUGACCGAAAACCAGAGCAGUGUUGAUCGAGUUUUUUUUACUGUCAUCCCAUCUCCAAUUGCAUUUACUUCUCAAUUCACAAUUUUUUAGAGAUUAAAAUCAAGUCCUCACGAUGGCAGAAGCACCAGCAACAGACUCUGGCAGAAUCGUGAAGAUGGAGAUCGAUUACAGUAGUAAUUGUGACACAAAAAUUCCAGAAUGCAAGAAAUUGGCGCAACAGGGAAAGAUUCACGAUGCCCUAGAUCAGCUUCUAGCGCUGGAAAAGCUCACCAGAACCGGUGCAGACAUGGUCUCCACCUCAAGGUUACUAGUAGCAAUCGUGGAAAUCUGCUUCGAGGCGAAAAACUGGGCAGCAUUGAACGAACACAUUGUUCUUCUCUCGAAGAGACGCUCCCAGCUGAAACAGGCUGUGACGAAAAUGGUCCAGGAGUGUUGCACUUACAUCGACAAAACACCUGACAGAGAAACGAUGAUUAAACUCAUUGAGACCUUGAGGACUGUUACAGAGGGAAAGAUCUACGUUGAAGUGGAACGAGCCCGUCUCACCCACCGUCUGGCGAAAUUGAAGGAGGAAGACGGUGACAUCACCGGAGCUAAUUCCAUCAUGCUCGAGCUGCAGGUGGAGACGUAUGGUAGCAUGGCAAAGAGGGAAAAAGUAUCCCUCAUCCUUGAACAAAUGCGUCUCUGCAUAGCUAAACAGGAUUUCGUUCGUACGCAGAUCAUCGCUAAGAAAAUUAAUGUGAAAUUCUUUGAGGAUGAGAACGAUGAGGAGACACAAACACUCAAGCUGAAAUACUACGAUUUGAUGAUGGAACUUGCAAAACACGAGGGCUGGCACUUGGCUCUCUGUCGUCACAAUCGUGCUGUCCUGGAGACUCCAGCGGUCAAGGAAGAUGUCAAGAAACGUCACACUGCCCUUUCACGUGCUGUCCUCUACCUGGUCCUCGCUCCACACGAGCCUGAGCAGGCUGACAUGACACAUAGGCUUCUUGCUGAUAAACUUUUGGAUGAAAUUCCAACAUACAAAGAAUUACUUCGGCUUUUCGUGAACCCCGAACUUAUCAAGUGGUCGGGGCUCUGCGAAAUUUAUGAGAAAGAUUUGAGAGCCACCGAAGUCUUCACGGCAUCUACGGAAGAGGGACGCAAACGAUGGGAUGAUCUUAAAAAUCGAGUUGUGGAGCACAAUAUUCGAAUAAUGGCAAAGUAUUACACGAAAAUAACCCUCCAACGAAUGUCGGAACUCCUAGACCUCGCUGUCGAGGAGACUGAGGCAUGUCUGUGUAAACUCGUUGAGACUGGUGUUAUCAGUGCCCGCACAGACAGGCCAGCUGGUGUUGUACGUUUCACUGGUACUCAAGAGCCCGCAGCCCUCUUAGACGCAUGGUCAGCCUCGUUAUCACAACUAAUGGCCCUCGUCAACAACACAACGCACCUCAUUCACCAAGAGGAGAUGCUUGCUGUUGCCCAUUCGUAAAAAAAAUUCCCAAAGUAAUUUUUCAAAUUUAUUUUCUCUCCCCUCUUCAUUAUUUCUGUGAGCGUAACCCUUUGUAUUCGGUUAUCAAUAAUUUUCUUUCCAUCGAAUGUAAGAGGAAUAAAUGAUUGUUUCUUUCUGGCUGACAAAAAAAAAAUACCACAGGAACAUUUUUACAUUAAUACUAGUUAUUUAAUGAUUAUUGAGAAUAAAUGAGGAUUCACGUCGAUUACAGAAAUACAAA